UGCCUUAUUCUUUUAUCUCUAUUGAAACAUGUAUAAUUCUGCUUCUUAAUUUAUAGUCAUAUUGUCAUUUGCUCCACAAUCCUCACGCAUUGAUUCCGCAAAUUCAUCCGAUUCUUCUUUAUCGAAUGCCCUAAACUAAAUUCACCUACACCUUAAACCAAAUCUGAGAGGAAACAGCUCUACUCAGUGAUUGGAGCUGCCUGUAGAUUCAGAGUUCAUAAGGUAAAUAUGCUAUUAAAAGCUUUAACCAGCUAAUAAAGAGUGUAUACAUAGUUUCAUUUUUUUCAAGUCAUUUUCUGGAUUUGCUUUUUCGCUUCUGUUUUCCUUUUGCAACGUCGGAGAUACAGAGACGAAUUGCCCAAGGAUAUGGAAAGAGAUCUUUGUAGGCGCCGCGCAUCACUCAAUUUCUCAUCUGAAUCAUUCUACUCUCUGUUUCCUUAUUUUAUACUGAAAUUUUGAUGCGAAAUAAACAACGCUCUGAAAUUUAUUGCAGGUAACGAAAAUACCAUAAAGAAUUUUUUGGCGGCAAAAAAAGCGGCUGCCAAGCUUAUUUUCUGUUGUUUUUAGAAGCGUUAUCAAACUGUAUUUUAUAUGGUAUAUAGAGAUUGACUACUGAGGUUUUAGAUGUUAAUUUUCUAGGAAAUGUUGCAAACUACCUAUCUGAUUUUUUUUUUCAAAUUAAUUUGUACGCCAGAUUCUGAGUUUCAGCUCCUUUUCAGGUAUCCAUGAGAAACAUGAAAUGCUUUGAGUGGUUAUUCAUAUGCUCUCUGAUCACACUACUUAGUGGUCUACCAUACAGUUAUGGAAAUGUUCUCCGAACAUUUGGCACGAUGAACGAUAAAGUUUUGCGUGUUGGCGAGGAGCUUUUCAAGGAAACCUUGCCGAUUCGAAAUGGUGCUCGCCUCUACCACUUGCAGGGAUUAAAACCCCAGACGUGGUAUGAAGUGAAGAUGUCAUAUCCUGCUUCUAUGCCCGCCAGUUUUUCUUUGCAAAUAAAAAGCGGUACCCCGGAUUUGGGUCUGAAUCAAGGAAGAAAAUUGCUCAAUACUGGAAAGAUAAUUUUCAAAACAGACGGAAUCACCUCACUGGUUGAACAGGGCGACAUGUCUGUUCUUGUGAAUGUGGAACCUGAAGGUGUUGUUGCGAUACCAGGGAAGCAGGAAAUGGAACAUAUCAUGUUUAAUAUAGUGUGUGACGAACUGUUGCUGGGUAUUCCCCACAAGGCUUGGUAUGUCGCAGUUUUCGUAUUGAUUGGUUUAGUGUUGGCUUUUGUGGUUCCUUGGUAUCUACCCGCCUUCUUGCUGCCAAAAAAUGGUAGACAGCCAUUGCUUGAUCAUACUGUUACCAAGGCUUCAUGAAGCCGUCUCUUUGCUACGGCUUCUACCUACGUCUCCUCAAGAUAUUUGAUUGAGGUGAAUGAUUUGGUUUGGCAUAUUUGCUUAAAAAUAUGCAGAAUAUGUUUAGAUGUAGUUUGAUAAAUAGGAGAGGUAUAAUAGACAAAUACCUAUUCACAACUUAAAUCAAAUAUGCAUGGCUAGUUGUUUUAAUACUCUUAAAAGUACAUAAAAUUUUCUCAUAUUUUUGUUUUGGUAACACAGAUUUCAUGUUCUUCAAAAUACAUUAGUAUUUUAUGAUUUUUCUUUUUCUGAUUUAACAA